AUGGAAGCUCCUCCUGACAACCAGCGUCGUAAGUUAUCAUUUAAGUCAUAUGACAAAUGAGAUCUUUGUCUUCAGUGGCGGUUCCUCAGAUAAAUCGGUAUCGGGGGUACUCGGUGAGCAGUGUGCCCUUGGAUAGACUUCCUGUUAAUGAUCGAGCGCAACCCGCAUCUAGUACCGCUCCGAUGAGAUUUCCGGCGGAGCAAGAGCAAAGAAUGGAAGUUGGAGAGGAAGGAAACGAUGAAGAAGAAGGCGGCUCAGACGCGGAGAGCGAGGAUUUCGAGCUCGCGAAAAUUGUCAUGAAGCCUCUGCCGCCUUCAGUCCCGUGCCAAAUGGAUAGAUUCUUACACAAUCUCAAAGUCGGAGUUUUUGUGGCAACUAUCGAAGGUAAUCAAAAACAAAUCUGUGCCUUUUUAAACUUUUGGGGUUCUUUCAGUUUUGACCGACCGCAACAAAGAUAAUCUUCAGCAAAUCCGUAAAUUCGCUCUCAAAAAAGCGGAUGAAUUGAUCGCGAGCACCGGAGAAGUGGUUGUGCCGGAAAUUCCUGGAAGACCACUCUGUGGAACUCCAAGAAUCAAACGGGAUUUUAAAAGAAUGUCGGCGCACAUUGACUACUUCAACGGUAAAUUUCUGAUCAAAUUUCACCGAGAAAUCAACUUCAUUUCCAGGAUUGUGCAACAAGUUCGUGGAAGAAUUCGAUGGAUCGCCGGACCGCGUGAGAAAACUGCGCAGAGCCACAGGCUACAUCAAGGGAGUUCUGGCCAUGCACGGAGAGGAAGUGUACAAUAUCACCGAAAAACCGGUCAUCGAGGAGUUCGAAGACAUGCUCAAUCUCUUCCAAGUCAACGCGGUUCUGUUCAUCGAGGUAACAGAUGAGAUUCCGAAUGUCUCUUUGACUAAUCUUCUUUUUUUCAGUAUCUCAAAACUUAUCAGGACAAGUAACUCGAAAUGUGCCAUCAACCACCCCCCAAAGUCAUUAUUUUCCUAUUGUCAUUCGCCCCCAGUGUUUCAUUUUUUUAAUUUUCAAACUCAAUUUUGUUUUCUUUCCGUUUGGUUCACAGUGAAUUUUCCGUUGUUUGAGAGAUCUCGGAACCGAACAAAGCGUUACUUUUUUAAAUGUUAUCAAUAAAUGUGUUGUUUUUCAUCAUUUCCCGAGUGAAAUAUCCGUUCUUCCUAACUCUUCGCAAUCCAAAAUGUACACAAUCUCGGGCCGGCCCUUCGGACACGAGAAAUGGGCCGAAGGCAGUGAGUGGCAACCGAGUGAGAGACGCCGACCACGAGAAAUGCGCCAGCAGCCACCUUAUGAUCCCACUCGUCCUUGGCAGUCAUCUUUUGAAUUUUCCAUGCAGUAUGUUGCUGAAAAAGAGAAAAAUAAUAUAUUCUGUGAUUAUUUCUGCGUUCAUUCUCAUUCUAAUACUAAUAAAACAUAAGAAACCGAUCAGAUCGGAUGUUACUUGGCCUUCCUCUAAUAAAAUAGUGAUUUAUAACAGAGUAAGUUACUUUUUCGUGAAAAAAUAAUUUUCGCCUUGUUUCAGAUUCCGAAAACAGGAUCGACAACGUUUGCAAACGCGAUAGCUUAUGAUUUGUACAAAGAGAACGGAUUCAAUGUGCUCCACGUGAACAUGACCAAGAAUCGACAGGUAUUUCGGGUUUUCCGUUUGUUUCGGAAUAAAUGGUUUCAGGUGAUGAGUCUGCCGGACCAAUACACAUUUAUCAACAAUAUAACGACGUGGACGGAUCGAUUGCCCGCUUUCUAUCACGGACACGUCGCUUUCAUCGAUUUUCAAAGGUUAGUACUUGUUUACCCCAUAUCUGUACUACAACUGAGAGCUCAGGAUCUUAAACCUCCAGAACAGAAAUAUAUUGACAGAUCAAAGCUCAACAAGAUCAUUUUGCUUCCAGGUUCGGCGUCGCCAACCCGAUCUACAUCAAUAUCAUCAGAGAACCACUAGAAAGACUCCUCUCGCACUACUAUUUUCUUCGAUACGGAGACAACUACAGAGUGGGAUUGAAACGGAGCCGGGCAGGCAACAAUGAGGUACGUGUUUGCUGAAAACGGACUGGUACAAAGUCUUGAAGCAAGAAUCCAAGAGUAGAAAUAGCUGCUGCCUGAUUUUCGUUCAUCCCAGAGAUGGACAGUAGGCCCCCUGGGUUUCAGAAGGCCCGCCGAGAACUUUUGAUUUACUUGAAAUAAUCCGAUCGGACCAAACUUUGCAGGUUUCUUGUAUUUUGAGUAAUGUAUCUUUGGUCCAAGUUUCCGUUCAAUCGGAUAAUAAACUCCAGAGAAAUGUGGUUGAAAUGCUAAAACCCCCGCAUUUUCGGCCUCAUAUCCACAUAUCUCUGGACUAGAUAAUCCGAUCGGUUUGAAAUUUAGACUCAAAAUAUUCAAAAAGCCUGCACACUUUAGGUCCGGCUUUGGAAAGCCUUCGAAAAACCUGUAUAUACUCUAACAUAUUCACGCUUCCCAAAAAAAACCAUAAAUCAGAUUUCCUCAAUAAUUUAUUGUUCUAGACAUUCGACGAAUGCUACUCUCGCGGCGGAAAGGACUGUGACAUGAAACAAAUGUGGAUACAGAUCCCGUAUUUUUGUGGUCAUUAUCACUUUUGCACGUAUGUUUUCAGAUUCAAUCAACAUUCAAAAAUUGCUUUUGAUUGAUUUCAGAGAAGUCGGGAGCGCAGAAGCCCUAAAAAUGGCAAAGCGAAAUGUACUGGAGAAGUACCUACUAGUGGGAACCACGUCCAGAAUGCGCGACACUAUUGCACUGCUCGAAGUCACUGUUCCCGAUUUCUUCAAAGGCGCUCUCAGUCAUUUUGAUAGUCUCGACUGUAAUUUUUCAAUGCUUUUAAUGAGACAAAUGUCCGUUUUACAGCAAAUCGCUCGCACUUACGGUAUACAAAGAAGAAAGUGCCUCCGAAUGAUCAGACUUUGUCCAUGAUCCGUCGAGAUGGAGUGUACAGAAUGGAACGGGAGCUGUACGAUUUUGUGAGCGAUCUGUUUGAUGCAUUAUUCAAGUGAGUCAUCAGAUUUUCUCAUGUUUCGUGUCCCUUAAGGGGCCUGAAAAAUAGGCCGAAACACAAGUCUAUCCCUUCUGUCCAUGAUGACCGAAAAAGAUGGCACUACUCAAGUCGCAAUCAAUUCCGUUACGGAAAUGAUGCAUCAAGAAUGUAGCACCUCAUUAGCCAUUCCCUUUUUCUCUCACUCGCUCUGCUUGAGUGGGCGCCGCGGCCAAAUUUUUGUCUCACUGCUUUCCAAGAAGCAUUGCUCGUUCUAGAAAAAAGAGUGCUUUGGAAAUUGGAAAUUGGCUUUCAACGCAAAAAACGAAGCCAAUAUUAGUAACGUUGGAGCCUUUGCAACGGGUGUACAUGAGUUAGAAUAAGAAAAGUGUGGUUUUUCAGAAAAGCAACAAACGGAACAUCGAAAGCAGACGACCUGAAAAGGAUGCCAACACAGUACCACUUCGAGAAGAUCAAACCGUCAUGA